AUGGUGGUUUUGCUCGCCUAUAAAUUCUUUUCGCAUCCCCAUCUUCUCUUCACACACACACACACACACACACUCACACUCACAAGGAGAAGAAGAGCACACAAGAAGCGACAGGGCAAGAAGAGGAGGAAGGACAACAGAGAAAGAAGAGCCAUGGAGCACUCCUACAGCAGCAACUACGGCAGCACAAAGGAGAGGAGGCCUGCGCUGAAGAGGGGGCAGCUGAAGCGGCAGAUCGUGAGGACCAUCAGCAACCUCAUGGCGCCGAGGAACGACGGCGCCGGCGCGGACAAGAGGGCGUCAGGCCGCACCAGCUUCGGCGCCUACAACUGA